AUGGCCGACGGCGCCAAUGGCGGGAACAGCGUCAGCAACACAAGGCUCUAUCUAGGAAACCUUCCUCGCAAUGCUACCAAGGCCGAUGUUGAGAACCAUUUCAACACCCAUGGCACGGGCGAGAUUACCGAGAUCAAGCUCAUGAACGGCUUUGGCUUUAUCGAGUACAAAGAUGCAAUGGAUGCGCGCGACGUUGUUCCAGCUUUCCAUGGCUCCGAAUUCAUGGGUGAGCGUCUGGUUGUCCAAUUUGCUCGUGGUGGCAAUCGUCCACGCGAUGCAUACGACGCCCCUCGUCAAGCUCCUCGUCCUCGCCGUACCGUUCAUCGCAUGACCAUAACAGGUCUGCCAUUUGAGACCAGCUGGCAGGACCUGAAGGACUUUGCUCGCCAAUCUGGACUCGAUGUCGUGUACAGCGAGGUCAACCGUGAGCGUGAUCCAGCUGGCGGCGGGAAGGGCUUCGUCGAGUACGAGACUGCUGCUGAUCUAGCAAGCGCUGUUGAGAAGCUGGACAACUCGACCUUCAAAGGCUCCAACGUUCACUGCAUCUCUGAUCCUCAAUCCGAGAUUCCUCGGCCUCGUGAGCGCUUCCGCUCCCGCUCUCCUGGCUUCCGUGGCCGCGGCUACGGCGGCCCACCACCUCCAGCCGACGAUUACUACUACGAUCGUCGCGGCCCACCUCGUGGCUACAGCCCACGCCGUGACGACUACCGUCGCCGUACUCCACCACCACGCGGUGGGUACUACGAGGACCCACGCGAGGACCGCUAUGGCCCUCCCCCACGCCGUGGCCCACCCGCUGACGACUACCCGCCUCCUCCACGUGGCGGAGGCGGCGGCCGCUACCCUGACGAUCGCUACGGCGCUCCACCACCACCACGUGGCUACGGCGAGCCGGACCCCUACAUGAAUGGUCACUCUCGUGAGCCGUACGGUCGUCCUCCAAGCCCUAGGCGCGACGGCAGAGGCUACGACCGCGGCGGAUAUCCCCCGUACUAG